AGGUCGAUGUUUUUCUUUCUAGGACAGGAUCAUUUUUCUGCUUUCUGAUGGCCACCGAAUCUGUUUUUAAAACGCAACAUAUUUCAGACUGCUUUCCACUUAAUCACAAAGAGCAUUUCUUGCAGACGUGCGCUUAAAAAUUCAUCCAAGAUGACAGCUGAACUUGCCAAUAAUUCCACAUCUGAGCCAGUUUCCAUCUUCAUCUCUGCACCCGGCAAGAUCAUCCUCCAUGGGGAACAUGCGGUUGUCCACGGGAAGACGGCACUCGCCGCAGGUCUCAAUCUCCGGUCCUACCUUUGUCUGAAGGAGAAAGACAGCGGACGGCUCCACCUCAAUCUGCCGGACAUCGACCUUGAAAGAUCUUGGGACGUCCUCGAACUGCAGGAGCAAUUCCGAGAUCUGCUCAACAGCGAUGUCAUGGAGGUGAAACCAAGUGUGGAGAUCAUGCAGCGGUUGCGACUGUUCCUAGGUUACAGUGACACAGAGACCACAAAACGAUUAGCUGUGAUGGCUUUUCUGUACUUGUACCUGUGUAUCGCUGGUAGGAAUGGGAAGUUCCCAAUCCUGGACACACUGGUUUCCUCUGCCCUUCCUCCAGGUGCAGGGCUUGGAUCUUCUGCCGCUUUUUCUGUCUGUCUUGCCGCAGGGUUACUGACGUGGGCCAAAGCCAUAAUCCCUUUAUCUUCAUCUGACAAUACUCUUGAUUGGAGCAGAGAAGACAUGGAGUUAAUCAAUACAUGGGCUUACGAAGGGGAGCGUGUGAUUCAUGGGAAUCCCUCUGGAAUCGAUAACUCAAUAAGCGUUCAUGGUGGUGCUAUAGAAUACAGGCAGAAGGUCAUUACUCCUCUUGAGAACAUGCCAGAGCUGUCCAUCCUACUUGUUAACACCUGUGUUGCAAGGAGCACCAAGGAACUCGUGGCAGGUGUGCAGAGACGUCAUGACAAGUACCCCAAGGUAUACGGCCCCAUCCUCGAUUCCAUAGAGGAGAUAUCGCAGGAGUGUAAGCGAACUCUGCAAGCUCUAAAGACGGGAGAAUCCUUGGACAAGGACGGUGCCUUCAAGAGCCUAGGAGAGCUUGUGGAUAUCAACCAACAGCUGUUAUACGUGAUUGGAGUGUCCCAUCCAGCAAUCAACAACAUAGUCCGUUCAGCUGCGGCUUACAAGAUCCACGCCAAGCUAACGGGAGCGGGUGGAGGCGGUUGCGUCUUUGCCCUCCUGCCUCCCGACAUUCCAAAGGACUCGGUCAAGGCCCUCCAGGCAGACCUCUUCCGCCAUAAUUACGAAUCCUGGAUAACAAGUCUAGGAGCUCAUGGGGUCAUGAUGCAUCGGAGCAAGGAAACGCUGCUCGGUGAUGGUCUGCUACUCCCUGAAUCUUUCCUGAAGUAUGCUUAAAGAGAAGGUUGAGUUCUGGGAAGAGGUGAAAAAUAAUUUGUGAGCGUUAUCAUUCUUAUUAUGCAAGCGUGG